AUGAACGAAGGUAUACUCGUCAUUCGUGGAGAGAAAGUUCCGUCGCGAAAUGUAGGCAGUGUUGGUUUUGUUGUGUACCCAUCUGUCGUCCAUUUUGUCGAUUCUCACAAGAUCCUGUCACCUCGUCUGGCCAUUCUUCGCUUCCGCCUUCUGCGCCAAAAACCCAUCAAUGUCAUCAACUGCUACUCACCAACAUCAGCAGCUGAUGAAUCCGAAUUGGACGCGUUUUACGAGGAGGUGGAGGAAGUAAUCCGCAACGAGAAGUCGUUCUACAAAUUCGUUGUCGGAGGCUUCAACGCAAAACUAGGAAGAGGAAUACAGGAUUGGAAGAUUUCGACUGGAUGGCCGGAAUGA